AUGACUGCUGAUCAAAAUCAGAGUCAAAUCCCUCCUAAGCCACCGGAUGUUUCCCUUAUUUCCAUCACAACCCCCAAGAUUUCUUUAAAUCCUUUAAUCCAGUCAACAUCGGCACACUUUACCGAUACUGUUCAGAAUGGGGCAAAAGCUUCAACAACGUUGCAAGAUGUCACAAAGAACUCUUGUAUGCCUCCUACAAACCCGAAUCUACAAUCUACAACAGAUAUUGCAAAAAUCCUUCCACAAUCGGUGCAAUUGUCCGAGUUAGGGCAGAUGGUGCAAAUGCUUCAGGAUCGCAACAGCACUGUUGUAAGUUCUGAGGCAAAAAACAAGGAGGAUUUGGUUACUGUAACACCGGAUGAGGAGAGGUUACAGGGCGCAGAAAAGGAGAAAGAAAUGUCAUUAAUGGAGGUAUCUCCCGAAAGAGGUGAAAAGGGUAUACAGAACGGUAUGGAUAAUGCUCUAUUUUCUCAACCUCAGGCGGAAGGGUCUAAAGAGGUGCAACAGAUGGCAGGUACAGUAAUGUGCUCGUUAAAUAAACAAUCUCAUUCACCUACCUCAUCUUCUUUCUUUGUGGAUCAUCUGUAUGAGCUAAGAGGCAGACAAAAUUACACCGUGGAUGACGAAAGUGGACUCAGGAGGGAUAAAGAACCACCAGACAGGGGCUUUUACUCUGAUCAAGAAAGCUCAAAAAAUUGGGCUGAUUCAAGUGAAGAUGCCACUGUAAAUGAAGAUCAAGGAAUUAUCUUGCUAAACCAAACAACAGUGAACUACUCCGACUGCAGUACUGGGCAUAGUCCCAGAGGUAAUGAUGAAACAAAUUCUUUAUGA